AUGGCAUUCAUUCCGUCCAAAAGUUAUGCGGAGGUUGUUAUUGGUACGUCUUCCUUUGUGCAGUGUUCCUGGAGUCAUUUACAGACACAAGAAGAAGAGGAGGCUUUGCGGCUAGCAAUCAAAAAUUCCAUUGGAGAAAAGGUAAUAUGCAGAUUUCUCUGUUUGCAAAUAGUGCCGUUUGUAUUUUUUUCAACUACGUUUUUUUAACUACGUGUUCCUUUCAUUAGAGUACAGAGGAGGACUUAACUAUAACUGCCGAGGAAACAUCUGAAACUUUCGUCAAAAGCCGUAAAAAGGUAGGUUAUAAUUAACUGGUGCUUUUGCAUGUCAGUUAUUUGGUAUGCGAUUCGAUGUUCUCCACCUUAAGCGUUUUAAUCUCCAUCUUAUUGGUUUUUUUUGCCAUGAUAGCAAAGUAAUAUUUCGACUUGCACAAUUUUGCUAUAACUCUAAAUUUUUAUUUUGACUACUGAGAAUUAAUAUGCGCGUUGUGUGGUCCCGUGUCAGAUGAUUGAUGCUUCUAUAAAUUCGAUGAAUAAUAAUUUCAAGCCCGCAGAAUUCACGAUUGAUCCAACACUUUCUUUCUGCAUUCGAGAAAGUAAUCCUCGUCACGACGAUUUGUUUACGCACGUUCAUUUAUUAAUGGCCUUUGAUCUUCUUGGGGCGAGGUCUAUAGCCCUAUGGCCUAUGAUAUGUGGACGAGAAGAGGUGGGGCCAGGCUCCCUUCACUUUCAAGCUUAACAACCUACUCUUUGUAAAGCUCUGCCGCUAAGCGUUUCUUAUAUCAUAGCGCUAAAAAACGAAUUUGAAAACUCGUUUGUGUUAUCUAGUAAUACAACAGCGAAUUUUUCAAUAUCAAAACCAGUUAAAGCGUUGGGGGCACCUGUCAUAUACGUCUUCACCUUGCACGUUGAAUAAGGACAAUGAGCGUAAUAAAUAACAGCGAGAUAAAAAGCAAAAACGUCUCUUUCAUCAUCUAGAUCCCGAGCAUCUUGCUUCCUUGAUAUUACGCGCCAAAAAUUCAAUUGCGCGUGAAAACCUUAAGCCGGUAUCAGUAGUGCAGUGUAACCUUCCCAGGCGCGAAUGCACACCGGUUUCCGUCGUUUUUAAUACGUAAAUCUGUUGGAUUCGUCAUAAUAAAUUAAUUCAGCCGAUAUGCAAGGGUUCAACCUGGAAUGGCCAAUGACUUGCUGAAUGACUUAGAACUCCAAAUAUUUCCUCUGCGGCGCAUGUCCGGAACCCCUCUAUGAGCUUGCGCCUUGGGUGCUCGUUUAGGAAAUUCGUCACAAUUUCGCCUUUAUCCGCACCAGCAUCCUCGAAUUUUUUACCUUGGUAAAACUUUACGCGAGAAGAAUUUUUCUUGGGAGAUUUUUGGUGAAUGUGCCGUUGGCAAAUCGGUUUUACCUAGGUACCAGUCUUUAGUGUGGCUCGGGGGUACUUUAGGAAUUUCUGGGUGGGGAUGUGCCGCUGGGACCCUGGGACCCUGGAACCCUUAACCCAUACCAGAGCUAGUUCAGCUGAAUUUUGCUACCCUAUACUAGAGUAAACUCCCCAAAUUCCCCCCCUAUCCUAGAGUAGCUGUUUCCCUUGUCUACAUAAAAUCUUCAACCAACUGAUCAGUUUCCUGAAAAAUGAUACCCUAUUCUAGAUCCAAACGCUCUGAUUUAUAUACCCUAUCCUAUAGUAAACUGCUUGAAAACCAUACACUUCACAGCGGCACAUACCAAUAUAGCCCAUAUAUGGCAGUACCCCCGGGUGUGGCUACAUCUAUUAUGACCACUUUUCUUGGCUAUGUAUUUUCGUAAAAAAAUCGUCGUUAAUGCCACCAGUCUUUAAUACGACUAACGGCCACAUUUUAAAAUCCCAAACAGCCGAAUCGUUAUAACUUCUCCCCUAAUUUUACUACUUCUUUCGAAAUUUAGAUGAUUUAAGUGCACGUGGUAUGUAAGUUUCUUUGACUAUAUAUUUGACUUUAUAUCUGAUGGACUAAAAUAAACCGAUAGUAUUUAAUUUCAAUUGCUGUCGUGGGAUAUCCGCAAUCCGGUUACUUAUCAAAGAUAACAAUUGAAGAAGUGCGAAUACGGAGUAUUAUAGCCCUAAAUUACUCCAUGAGGGUAGUACAUGUACUGGGGUCAGUGUUUUGUCAAUAUCAUUUAAAUGUUGGUUCAUCAACUCUACCUCUCCUCCAUGUGAAUGUACCUUGACAUUUAGCAGAUUUGGAGCUAACAUUUUUACCCUUCCUCUGCAGGCAAAGAGCAAGAGGCCUCCCACUUUUGAAUUAUGGGGAGAGGAAGAUUACAACCCAGGUUAUCCUUGUCUUCCAGUUGCAGGGUAUCCAUACUGCGAGGUUUGUGUACAAAGAAUUAAUUUGUAUAUCAUGACGUGGAUAAGUACACAAGAAAUUAGUCUUUGCCAAACAAGUGUAUUUACCUGAACAAUGUAAAUGAUAACAAUCCUGACUCGUCUCAGUCGUCUCUCAUUAUUAGUAUUUGGCGGGCUGUCAUUCCCAUCUUCCCCGCGCGCAUGACCGCAAACCCUCGUAUAUAAUUAAUGAGUAUAGACAACUUGCCAACGACUGGGGUCGAGUCAGAUAACGACCACUUUCAUAAUUGUUUUCGUGAAUCAGAGAAAGACCUUUUUGUUUCAAUGUCAGGAAAAGGAAAUGGGGCGCGCGAAUCAAGGAUUCUAUUCGCAGUUGCUUAGAUACAAUUAGCCAGUGAAUCUGAGUGAAGAGAGAUGGCUGUAUCGACAUCCUGUCUUUCCUCCAUUAUGCGCUUCUUAGUUUUAAGUCAGCCUUUCUUUAUUGUCAUGUACAUCUAUUUUUUUGUAGUAUUCAACAGUUCAUAGGAGAGAGACAAUCACCCUGUCAAAAAAAAGCAAAGAAAAGGUGCAUUCUAGACCAUCGAAGAUUCCUCUUGGCCAUUCCACUGGCCAGUGCCAUUCGAGUGUGGGCAAAGGAAAAGGUACGCACCAGAUAAUAUUAAAUUUUCCUGUUUUUAUGCUACUAUUUCAUUCUAAAGUUAAGAAAUGUUAAACGUGCAGCGUGCAACCAUAGCUCAAUGGUUUCACAGCUUCAACUUUUACCAUUUCUUUUAUAACGUAAUGAAAAGGGAAAACAUUUCCAUUUGCCUUCGGGUUGAGUCAUCGUUACAGUAUGUGAGUUGAUGAUUGCUGUCCAAACGACAACUCAGCUUCCAUUUAUUCCAUUUAUUAUCUGUACAUUUAAACGGUGCACUUUUGCCGACCUCAAGUUUAAGAUUUUUCCGUGCUAGCUCAGUUUCUUGGCUUGCAACAACGGGCGAAUGGUAGAUGGGUAACUGACCAAUCAGAGGACGCGCUUUGCUUUACUUUUGUUAUGUUUUAAUUCUUGUUCAUUGAUUUGUAAAUAAUAACGUUCGAGAUAGUUUUCAUUUAUAAGAAACAUCACUCUCAUACUGAGGGGGAUAUUUUCUAUUGUUUUGUGUGUUUUUAUUUAUUUGUUUACCCAUGCCUGCGCAAACUAUCCUCGACUCGCUAACUCUCCUUUUACUAAAAAACGAGACGUGAAAAAAGCCAGUAAUUUUUACUUAUUAAACUGCGCAUUCCGACUAGUACAACGUUGUUGCUGGUAUCACAAAACAGUAGAGAGGAACAUACAAGGUAAUGCUCAACAACUCUCCUGCUGGAAUCACAAACAGCAGAGAGGAACAUAGAACUGAAGGUAAUGCUCAACAACUCUCCUGCUGGAAUCACAAACAGCACAGCAGAGAGGAACAUAGAAGCUAAUGUGCAACAACUCUCCUGCUGGAAUCAUACACAGCAGAGAGGAACAUAGAAGGUAAUGCUCAACAACUCUCCUGCCGGAAUCAAAAACAGUAGAGAGGAACAUAGAAGCUAAUGUACAAAAACUCUCCUGCUGGAAUCACAUAGCAGUAGAGAGGAACAUAAAAGGUUGAUGCACAUAGAAGGUAAUGCAUAUGGUAAUGGCACAUAGGAGUUAAUGGACAACUCUCCUGUUCAAAUCAUAAGGCGGUGGAGAGGAACAAAGAAGAUAAUGCGUAACUCUCCUGUUGAAAGUACAAUCCAGUCGAGAGGAACAUAGAAGGUAAUGCACAACUCGCCUGUUGAAAGCCCAAGUCUGCACAGCCUUCAUCCAGGAAACACAGAGAAGCCGAGGGUCAAUCGCACGGCUAUUCGAAGCGUGUCUCGAAGCGCGUGCCUCUAGUUCCUUUUUUAAGACAUUAAUAGAUACCAUUAAUCAUUUUAGAUUUUCAUCUCAAAAGAUGACAAUAACUCCAUUUACCUUGAAUCAAUAUUUUCAAGUUAUUAAUCUUUUUUUCUUAUAAUUAUAGGGGGGUAUCGUGCUGGGAAGACUAACUUACAAGAGGAAUGUUACCCGCUUAGAAUUGUCGCGGGGGGCGAAAAUGUAUCUUUAGACCCUGAAAAAAUAGAAUUAAGUAAAGAGCUUAUUGGAAGUGGUGCAACCUCACGCGUUUUCAGGGGAAAGUUUCAUCAUUCUGAGGGUGCAUUCACGGAAAUUGCAUGCAAAGAGUACAUGACGACCAUUACGCCGAAACAUAAAAGAAAGCUUUUCAAGGAGAUUGAAUGCUUAAAAAAGCUACGACAUCCGAAUAUUGUCUCCCAUUUCGGAGUCGAUUUUACUCGAUCACUUGUAAUCACUGAGUUGCUUGAGAAAAAGAUGACAAUUGAUGGAGAAGUAGAAACAAUACACAAUGCUAGAGAAUUACUCGACCUUCAUGAAAUGCAACCUUUGCCAUGGAUCCUGCGCCUUAAAAUUCUAAAGGAAGUUUGCUGUGGCCUUGAUUUUCUUCACAACAAUGGCAUUAUCCACUGUGAUCUCAAGGCCGGAAAUAUCUUUAUCGGUGAAAAUGGGAACGGAGGCUACGUGGCAAAACUUGGCGACUUUGGAACUGCUCGUUUCGAUUUCGAACAAUUUUCGGUUUCAGUCUUGCCAUCCACAGCAGAUGAUCAAUCAUUAAUGUGUACUGCUGCAUACACGGCUCCAGAACUUCUCGCGAGGGGCUCAAAACCAUCUCGCAAAAGUGAUAUAUAUAGCCUAGGGAUGAUUAUGGCAGAGUUUAGUUUGCCUAACCGCUCUACACCCUGGGAGGGAGAAGUAAUCAAUUCCUCAAUGAUUUAUGAUUUUGUAAGCAAAGGGGAAAGACCGACCAUAACCGAAGAAGAUCUGUUAGGACUAGACAGCAAUGUUGCGAGGCAAUGGAAGCAACUCAUUUGUGACUGUUGGGCACAAGAUGCCUCAAUUAGGCCUACAAGCAACCAAGUACUUGCUAAGAUGUCGACGCUGUAUGAUUCUGCUGGUGACGAAAGCUACAAAUCUUUAAAACGAUGGCGUCAGGAAAACUCCGACGUGUCAUUUAUUUCGCUGUCUACUCACCAAGGAAUGGCCGUUGAAACUGCAGAUGAGGUAGUUGGGUCGUUUGUUUCAGAGAACAAGGUUCCUGACCCGGAAUUACAGCAUGAUCUUUCUCUGAACGUGCGCGCAAAUGAUGGAAGUAAUGCAUGCGUGUAUCUUUGCACAAAAAUUGUUGAUGACCUUUUAAAGCUGUCCAAUGACAGCUUUAAUGACACAGCCCCCGUUAUAAAGGAAGUCUCGGAGAGAGUAAUAACGUCUCUCCCUAAACUUAUUAACCCUGCAAGGUCGGUAGGGAAGUUUGCUGACGUGCAGGAUGCGCUACGCCUAAUGCAAAGUGAACGUAUUAUUACAACUGACUACGAUUUGGAAGAACUGUUGAAGCAACAGACAUCAACCAACCUGAAAGAAAAAGAGGCCUACUUGAAGUCAGCCUUUUUCUCUUUAGCGAAGUCUGUAAAUGAAGAAGGAAAAGCAUUUGCCAUUUACACUUGCUUUCCGCUUUCGUUCCUGACUGGUGUGUACAGAAAUGGAUUCAUUAUUGUCGAUACUCACAAAGUGUCCAAAGAGGUUGGUGGCGACCAGACAGGAUUAUUGGCAUUUUUUAAUUAUAACGGUAAAAGCAAAGAGGGUGUAAUUGACAGCUUAGUGGAGUGGAUUUCUCUGAGAAUGAAAGGAUCCAUUCAAGAUUAUUCUACGCAGCCUCAUUCCUUGCUUCAGUUGAAAAAGAAAGAAAAUUUAACAGCUAUUGAAGAAGAUGACGAUCUACUCAAUGAGGAAAUGAGUGAUGAAGAACUUUUGAACGCGAGUAUUGAAUUAGAAAAAAAGGAAAAGUCUUUUAAUUCAGAUGAUGUUGAGGAAAUGGAGCUGUCUGACCAGCCGCCAGAGGUGAAAGCUGAAUUCGAAUCGAAUCUUAGUAGUGCUCAAAAAGACGAAACUGGGCCAUGGGUCUUACCCUGUAUGUUACCGCCACCCACAAAUGCAACUGAGAUAAACUGGAGGGGACAUCUCACUCGUUUUGGACUAAAUACUUUCAAACCUUUCCAGCUGAAUGCAGUAAAUACAGUGGAGAGUAAAAUGGAUGCAGUAGUAAUACAACCUACUGGUAGUGGGAAAAGCCUUUGCUAUCAGUUGCCAGCCGUGUUUGAUUUAAAUAGCAUCACGGUGGUUGUCUGUCCAACUGUGUCACUGAUAAAUUCGCAGCUGCAAGACCUCCAAAGCAAAGGAAUCGAUGCCGCUUCCGUCGGUCCUUCAUCCGGAGGUUCUAAGCUUCAAAGCGUGGAUGUAAAUAGUGAAGCAGAAAUCCCUUCUUUGCUAUUCACGACACCUGAAUAUUUCGUCACUAAACUGAAGCAAGAGUUACUGAAAAUGCAAGAGAGGCUUAAGCUUAUCGUUUUAGACGAAGUUCACAAAUUGUUUGAUAGAACAGCCAAAUUUAGGGAGUCCUACGAUUCAAUAAAGUCGCUUAAAGAUGACUUUCCCGACACUCCAAUUAUGACAUUAACUGCGACGCUCAACGACCAUCACUUGCGUACGCUGUGUUCCGAACACCUUCGUAAACCUGUACUAAUAAGAAGCAGUGUGAAUAAGAAAAACAUUAAAUUAAACAUUGGCAAAUACGUCUUUAAAAACAAGAAGACUAUUCCCGACCCCUGGGAGUCAGUGGCCAGACAGAUCGCUUCUGCAGUUAACGAAGAAUAUGCAAUAGUGUACAUGGACUUUAAAAAAGAUGUCGAAGUAACGGUGAAAAGUUUAAAAGAGGCCGGAAUUCAGGACGUUAAGGCGUACCACGGAAGUCUGCCACAUCAGCAAAAAGCUGAAAUCGACAGAGAAUUCAGAGACAAAGAGUUUCAGAUUCUUGUGGCAACAGAGGCGUAUGAAGUUGGAACUCACAGUCCUCACGUCAAUAUAGUGUUUCGCAUCGGCUGCAUGAGAAACGUAGCUGUUUUGGUGCAGGAAUUUGGCAGAGCCGGAAGAAAUAACGACGCCUCUGAUGGGUUUCUCUUAUUAAAUGAAAACAAGGAUGAUCAGCGACUAAUAUUUUGGACAACAUCUAGCUCCAGCGAGGAGUUCAAGCUCCAGAAAAAUGACUACGAGGCUGCUUGGAAGUGGAUUUAUGGCGUUCAGUGUGGUCUUUGUUUACGACAAUCCUUACUAAAAAAUUUUGAAGAAGUUGACGUAUUAGAACAACCCAGCCCUGGAGAGUGCUGUUCUAGCUGCGACAUCUUAGGCGAAAGAAACUUUGACAUUAAAGAUACGGCUGUACUCUUACUUAAGGCGAUAAAAGAAAUGAAUGAGAUCGGUAGCAUUAAGGGGGUUUCUGAGGACAAGCUUAUUUCAUGGUUAAGAGGAGCCAAAAGAGACUGGUUGUCUGGAGAGGAUAUACAGAAAAACAUUGAUCGAUCCGAGACCUAUGGCGAGGGACUUUUUAAAGACAAAGCAUGCUUAAGUAAAGAUUGGUGGUCCUCACAUCUUCGUCAACUGGCACAUUUAGAUUUUGUUAAUAUCAAUUUUAAAAUCAUUCGAAAUUCUUUCUUCGCAAAAACAUCAAGGACAUAUCUUAUUUCCUCACUUGGUCAGCAGUUUCUUGACAAUCCACGCAGCAUAUAUAUCCUGCCUCCCUUAUGUCAGGACCAUCAAAAAGGCUGCGAGCGUAGAGAAAGUAAACAACGAGAUAAUAACAGGGCCACCAAGCACCAUCUUCCAAAAGUGAGACAAUUAGUGAAAUCCAAGUCUAGUUGGUUCGUAAUUAAUAAAAAGGAGGACUACGAAUAUCCUGGAUUUUCAUCGGAAAAUAUUGGCGGGAAAAUUGGUUAUUGUGAAAACAUUCUGAAUUCUCAAUCUUUUGGAUCUAGUAAAAGACCACACUAG